CUGGGCCGGUGCCUGCGGCGGUGGCAGCGUAGUGUGAUUGACUCAGUCAGCCAGGGUCGGGGGUAGGCGCGGGGCUGCUGUGGUGCCGCGAUGCCCAUGUACAAGGUGAGGCCCUUUCACGGGGCGGUGCGGGCCGAGCGGCUCCCCACCUGCAUGUACCGGCUGCAGAACCUGCACGGCGGCCCGGCGGCCGCUGCGCCACUGCACCAGGAAGAGGUUGACCCAUCACUUCUAGCACUUGAAUCCCGCCAAGAAGAGAUCUUAAAACGCUUGUAUGAACUUAAAACUGCUGUCGAUGGGCUCUCAAAAAUGAUACAGACACCAGAUGCCGACUUUGAUGUAACAAAUAUAAUCCAAGCUGAUGAAUAUGCUCCUUUGACUGCAAACACAGCAGACCUAGAUUCAAUGCUUGGGAAGGAUUAUGGUGCUCUGAAAGAUAUUGUGAUCAAUGCAAACCCUUCUCAACCUCCAUUGUCACUGUUAGUACUGCACAGUCUGCUGUGUGAGCAUUAUAAGAUUUUAUCAGCUAUUCAUACACACUCAUCAGUGAAAUGUGUGCCAGAAAACCUCUUGAAAUGCUUCGGUGAGCAGACUAGGAAACAAUCACGUCACGAGUACCAGCUGGGCUUCACUCUCAUUUGGAAGAAUGUUCCCAAGCCCCAGAUGAAGUUCAGCAUUCAAGCCAUGUGUCCCAUUGAAGGAGAAGGAAAUAUUGCUAGAUUUUUGUUUUCCUUAUUUGGCCAGAAGCAUAAUGCAGUCACUUCAACUCUGAUAGACAGUUGGGUGGAUACAGCCAUCUUCCAGCUGAAGGAAGGUAGCAAUAAAGAAAAAGCAGCAGUCUUGCGCUCCAUGAACACCACCCUUGGCAAAACAUCCUGGCUGGGGGGAAAUGAACUGACUGUAGCAGACAUUGUGGCGUGGUGUGCACUUCAGCAGACAAGUAGCUCUAAUGCUGUUCCAGCCAAUGUACAGAAAUGGAUGAAGUCUUGUGAGAAUUUGGCACCUUUCAACAGUGCCCUUAAACUAUUAAAAUGAGUAUACACUCUUCAGAGGGGUAUUCUGUAGUUUUAUUCCACCUCAUGCCUGCUGUGAAAGUCUCCUCUAAAAUGUAUUUUAGUGAGAUUGUUUUUUGAAGUCUUUUAUCAAUUGUAAAAUCUUAUACCAAUAAAGAUAUCACAGUUGC